AUGGCCUCCGAGAAGAGGGACUCAAUGACUAUUAGUCAGAGCCAUGAUUCACCAAGCGAAAUUGCUCCAAAAGCUCUGUCUAAUGAUGAAUAUCAACUGGCACAGCUGGGGUACAAACAAGAAUUCUUCCGCACCCUGGGGCUGUUUGAGAACUGGGCAGCGACAUUCACCACUAUGAACUUUAUCUCUGGCAUUCCAAUGAUGUUUGCCUUUGUGAUGUCCACUGGUGGUCCUGAAGCGGCGUUUGCAAACUGGACAAUGGUUGGGGGCUUCUCAUUCAUUGUGUCACUAGCUAUGGCUGAGAUUGCCUCCGCCCUUCCUGUCGCUGGUGGUAUCUACUACUGGAGUUUUUAUCUCGGUGGCAAGAAAUGGGGGCCGCUUUUGAGUUGGAUGACUGCUUGGUGGAAUUGGGCAGGCUGGAUAACUGUUCCUUGCGGUGUUCAACAAGGCGCAACAAACUUUCUCAUAUCUGCUCUCGAAAUACAAUAUCCCAACGCAGAAGUUUUGACGAAAGGAUGGUUUUCUUGGAUACUAACUUCGGUGGGCAUUCUGAUCGCUAUGCUUCCAAAUAUCAUUAGCCCACGAGUCUUGCCAGCGGAAAUUUCCAACCAUCGUCCGGGGUGUUUCAACAUUUUUUUAACAACAUCAAUGAGGGUGACAAAAAGCAAGCUUCGGAUGGAUACUGCUGGGUUAUCUCGACACUUUUCUUAUGAUGCGUCUGCACAUUUAGCGGAGGAGACAAAAGAGGCUUCGGCAGUCGUGGCAAAGGGAAUGUGGAUGGCAACACUAUCUGGUUGGCUUCUCUCUAUCCCAACCUUGAUCCUUAUUCUCUUCUGCAUCCAAGACUUUGAUGGCAUCAUUGCCGCAACGUACGCGAACAACUGGGCUGAAUAUCUUAUGCAGCUCAUCGGCCCUGCAGGUUCCACGGCUAUCCUUGUGCUAUUGUGGAUCGACAGCACCUGCGCAACGGCAUCGGCCUUUAUGUCUGCACAGCGCGUAACAUAUGCCAUAUCUCGUGACAAUGUCUUACCUUUCUCACGAUACUUUCGGAAACUAACCUCUACCCACCGAAUGCCCCUCCAUGCUGCCUUCCUUGUCGCCGCCAUCUCUAUUGCCAUCUCUACCGCUGUCAUUGGUUCGUCUGUUGCAUUCUCUGCUAUUACGGCUAUGUCGACUAUUGCCACCAACGUCAGCUACCUCUUCCCUAUCAUAGCCCGCCAAACCGUUGGAGCUGCGGUUUUUGUACCGGCCAAAUGGAAUUUGGGCCGGGCUAGCGCAGUUAUUGCUACAAUCUCCAGUGUUUGGAUUUGCUAUCUCUUUGUUGUUCUAUUGUUGCCGCAGGUGUAUCCUGUUACUGGAACGACAUUGAACUAUGCACCGGUUAUGAUUGGAGCUAUCACUUUAAUUUCCUUGGUGGGCUGGAUAUUCCCAUUCGGACUUGGUGGGAAAUAUUGGUUCAAAGGCCCACAGACGACCAUCACGGAUGUAGAUGUGCUGGAGGCCACGAUACCAGAAAUGAGCUAA